AGAAACCCGCACACAAUGCAUCCCUGACCACCACCCGAAGUGGUCAGACAGAUCUGAACACAAUCAGACCACAACGCAACUUUUUUUUGCAUCUAGACCUGUAUUUUCAAUGCAAUCUUCUUAUUCUGAUAGCAGAAGUCCCACGUGCUGAUCUCCCUCUAUCCUCCCUACAUCUCCUGGUGCCACCACUACGUCUGAAGUCUGCUUUCAUGUGGCAAGUGGCUCAGCAGCAUGACGUGAUGCAGUAUGGGAAGCUGGAGGAGUUUGUGACUGGUAACUAGAGAUGGUUCCGGAGCUGCUGACCUUAAGGCAGAGGGUCCAACUCAUCCUGGGACUGAGAGCGAGGGUGAGAUGGGUGGAAGUGUUUAGGGUUGAGAAUGGUGUAGGGUCGGGGGUGAAAUUCAGACUUUUGUUCGCCCCUGGAUCUCAGAGACAAGGGAUGGUGACGUCUAGAUCAUGUCACAAAUCCCUGCUUCAAAGGACUAGAAUGACCUUGAGUGGAAUAUUGAGUAUGAUUUGACUACUACUUACAGUAUGCCUGGGUUUAAACUACAUAAUGACUCUAUCUCUGUGUUGGAGGUGUUCCCUGUGCAGUACAGCUCUAGGUAUGGUACAGCGCUGCAGAUACUGGUGUGGCAGUUCUUUGACAGACUGGAGGAGAUGCUGCCAGUGCUCAACUUUACACAGUACUGAUGCCACUCACAGGAGGUUGGUGACACCAUCAUUGGGGAGGACUGGCUCUUGGUAAUGGCUGGAGCAGAAUAAGUGCAAUGGUAUCAAACGGGGUUUCCAUGUGUCUGAUGCUAUUCAAUUUAUUCCGUUCCAGACAUUAUUAUAAACCGUCCUCCCCUCAGCAACCUCCACCCUAUUAGAUUUUUUUUUUUUUAAAUGGCCCCUCCACGAAUGAAUAAACAUCCGUAAGUAUCAACAGAGUAGGGGUCCUGUGGGAUUGGGCUGUGUUUUUCUCCAUUCUUCAGGCAUGCUUAUGUAACCAGUGUGAAAUGGCUGGCUAGUUAGCGGUGCAUGCUAGUGGCAUUUCAAUCGUUGACGUCACUCUCACUGAGACCUUGAAGUCGUUGUUUCCCUUGCUCUGUGGCUUUUGUGGAGCGAUUGGUAAUGAUGCUUUGAGGGUGACUGUUGUCGACGUGUGCAGGGGGUCCCUGUUCAUGCCCUGGUUGGUGCGAGGAGAGUCCCUGGUUCAGGCCCUGGUUGGAGCGAGGAGAGGUCCCAGGUUCAGGCCCUGGUUGGGGCGAGGAGAGGGCCCUGGUUGGAGCGGGCCCUGGUUGGGGCGAGGAGCGAGCCCUGGUUCAGGCCCUGGUUGGAGCGGGCCCUGGUUGGGGCGAGGAGCGGGCUGCGGUUCAGGCCCUGGAUGGGGCGAGGAGAUGUCCCUGGUUCAGGCCCUGUUUGGGGCGAGGAGCGAGCCCUGGUUGGGGCGAGGAGCGGGCCCUGGUUGGGGUGAGUGGAAGGCCCUGGUUGGGGCCCUGGUUGGGGCGAGGAGAGGUCCCUGGUUGGGGCGAGGAGAGGUCCCUGGUUGGGGCGAGGAGAGGUCCCUGGUUGGGACGAGGAGAGGUCCCUGGUUUGGACGAGGAGAGGUCCCUGGUUUGGACGAGGAGAGGUCCCUGGUUUGGGCGAGGAGAGGUCCCUGGUUUGGGCGAGGAGAGGUCCCUGGUUUGGGCGAGGAGAGGUCCCUGGUUUGGGCGAGGAGAGGUCCCUGGUUUGGGCGAGGAGAGGUCCCUGGUUUGGGCGAGGAGAGGUCCCUGGUUUGGGCGAGGAGAGGUCCCUGGUUUGGGCGAGGAGAGGUCCCUGGUUGGGGCGAGGAGAGGUCCCUAGUUCGGGCUCUGGUUGGGGCGAGUACAGGGCCCUGGUUCUGGCCCUGGUUUGGGCGAGGAGAGGUCCCUGGUUUGGGCGAGGAGAGGUCCCUGGUUCAGGCGCUGUUCGGGGCGAGGAGAGGUCCCUGGUUCGGGCCCUGGUCGGGGGGGGGGGGGGGGGGGUUCAGGGCCCUGGUUGGGGAGAGGAGCGGGCCCUGGUUGGGGCGAGGACAGGGCCGUGGUUCUGGCCCUGGUUGGGGCGAUGGGAGGGCCCUGGUUGGGGGGAGGGCCCUGGUGCGGGCCCUUGUUGGGGCGAGGCGAGGGCCCUCGUUGGGGCCAGUGGAGAGAUAG